AUGUGGAACUGUCUCCCACUCGUACGGGUCUUGCUGGGCGGGCUUGCCUUCAUAGUACCGCCUGCUACAGCGACCGGUGGUCUGAACGGCCUGCCCGUUCUGAAUGGUCCUAUCCCCAUAGUUCCCCGAGGUGAUCCAGAUAUGAAGUCGGGACCUGGACAGUUCGUUCACCCUGGCCUCUGGCAUACACACGAUGAUCUCGAGAGGAUAAGAGUCGGUGUCCAGCAGGGCGAAGAGCCUUAUGCCUCUGCUUUUAAGAACUUCAGUGCGAGCGAAUUUUCCAUGGCGGAUUACGAAAUGCGCGGUCCGCACAAGAUUUUAUGCCGAGGUGGCUGCAACAACUACACUACGUUCACUUCAGAUGUACGUGGCGCGUAUCAAAAUGCCCUGAUGUGGUACAUCACCCGCGACCAGGGGCACUGGGACAAGGCUGCGUCGAUCCUGGAUGCAUGGGGUACCAACUUGACCGACAUCAUCGGUGUCGAUACAUCUCUUCUGGUCGGCCUGGAAGGCGACCUGUUCGUCAAUGCUGCGGAGAUUAUGCGAUGGGAAGGCAGCUGGGUAGAGCAGGGAGCGAAAUGGAUGGGUACGUCUGGUUUCUCCAAUCAGCUAUAUUGGCUGUUCGCCAAGCAGUCCAUCAACAUUGGACAGGCCAACUACGGUAUGGCGAGCAUCAAAGCACUAUUGUCUUUUGCCGUCUAUCUUGACGAUGUGGCCUUGUAUAACUAUGCCCUCUAUGCAUGGAAGAAUGAUCCCUGCGGUGGCGUCUACGGUAACUUCCAGGUGCCCACAGGGCAAGGUGCUGAAAUUGGUCGUGAUCAAGGCCACGCAAAGGGAGCACUUGCUUGGGCCGCACAGGCUGCUCGAGUGAUCCAAAGCCAGGGCCGUGACGUCUAUGGCUACGGCGAUGAUCUUCUUCUCAAGGCUAGUGAAUAUGUUGCCAAGUACAAUCUCGGCUACGAUGUAGAAUAUGACCGCAAUUUCUACCGGUGCGAGGCAGUCCUCGUCAACGGACCCUGGGCUCAACCUUCAAACAUCAGCCGUGGCAUCACUGCCGGUGCAUUUGACAUUAUUUACUACCAGUAUGUUGUUAAAAAAGGCAAGGAGGCGGAGUAUACGACAAGGAUGAAGAAGGCAAUCGACGCUGUCGGUGGCGAGGGCUCCGGAGGUACCGACUUCCCCGGCUGGGGUGACUUGAUCUGGUCGUAUCAUGGGCAAGGUCGGUUCGAUAAUGACAAUCAUCGAACAAUUUGGGGCGGAGGCAAGCUGGGCCCCGAGGGUUUAGGGAAUAUUAACGUUAGAACUUAG